GCGACGUGGUGGCUUCGUUGUCUUCUCUGUCCGUUAUUGCCUUGUCCGAUUGAGCCGGGCGCGAUGGCGGCGCUUUGCUCUUUGCGCAGGAAGCGCCCGCCGCUGGAUCCGCUUUGCAUGGGAAUGGCCGACGUCUUCAUGGGGUUGUCCUCCCGCAGGUCCAGCGCAGACCUCCACGUGGAAGAUAGGCGUGCAUCCCCUAUUCGUCAAGCAACCAGGGAGACUCUGCGGUCAUGGCCGUUGUCCACAGCGGGCUGUUUGGGAACCUCGGUUCUGCCGACUGUAGUGCUUCUUCUUCUUCUUUUUCAUUCGGCGGUGUUUAUGGCUGGAGUACACGCAGAGGCUGCAGCAGCGGCGGUCGACAAGUCGACGACGCUGGCCAGCGCUGCAACCUUGCCGCUGCGCUUUGGCCACAAUAACCCCUUAUGGCGAUGCUCGGCGCCUAAUCAGUGCAGGCGAUGGCUUCGCGACGAAGCGCACAUGCGUGUCUAUGGCAGCGUGUUGACUUUAGGGUAUUUCUUUGCGGAGAUAUCGAUCGGCACUCCUCCACAAAAUUUCUCGGUUAUCGUCGACACAGGUAGCUCAUUGACGUACGUGCCAUGCGCAUCGUGUGGUCACUGUGGAAAUCAUGUUUCGCCACCGUUCUCUCCUGCGAAGUCCUCUACUUAUAAGGUGACUCCCUGUGGCACAUCAGAGUGUCUGUCAUGCUCAGGCAAUGUGUGCAACUAUUACAUAGCCUAUGGAGAAGGAAGUACUACUCAAGGGAUACUGGGCACGGAUGUCGUAACGUUUGGUUUAGGUUCGCCAAAAUCGAUAUCGGCGCAAUUGAGUUUUGGGUGUGCACAGUAUGAGGACUCGCAUUUGUACCUGCAGAGGGUGGAUGGCGUCAUGGGUCUGGGCAGGGGUUCAAAGAGCUUCAUCAACCAGCUUGUUGAAGCCAAGGCCAUAGCAGAUUCGUUUGCCGUUUGCUACGUUGGGAUUGGUGAAGACAACAUUGCUGGCAAUGACGAUGGACCAAUGGGAGCUCUGUUGCUGGGGACGACGCUGGGAGAUGCACCAGGGAUAAUUUACACUCCUCUUGAUAUGACUCUAAGGAGAUGGGAAACUGGAGACAAGGGAUGCACAUCGCUGGUGGAGGUAGGGGGUCCCUCCAUGCUGCCCAACGACACUGAAGGAGAAAGGUGCCCCAAUCAGACCACUAUCCUUGAGUCAUGUGGAGUUUCUCCCGAAGGGGGAGGGGUGAUAAGGGUAGAAGAGGUAGGGGUGCUUGAACCAAGGGUCUCCUCCUAUGAGGAUCAGGUGGUGGGGAUUAAGGUGACGGAGUCUGAAGAGGUCAACGAGGGUAACAAGGAGGUUAGAGCAGAUAAUCCAUCAGUUACUCCAUUGACGACCCUUCCUCCGGAGGAACAAAGGAAAGAAAAGAAGACUCAAGAUCCAGGUCAGGAGGUCGGGAUGGGAGACGGGUUGGGACGAUGUCCGGGGAAGGAAGUCGGGGGAAGGAAGUCGGGGAAGGAAAGGGAGAAGGAAGAGGUCGGGAUGAGGUCGGGAUGCGAAGGGAGUUCGGAUAGAGGAGGAGGGAGGAGGAAUCUAGGCAUGGAAGAAGGUCGGGAUGGGAGUUGGGAUAGAGGAGGAGGGAGGAGGAAUCUAGGCAUAGGGCAAGGUCAGGGGAGGAAGGGGAGAGGGGGAGAGGUCGAGACGGGGAGGUCGGGAUGGGAGGUCGGGACGGGGAGGUCAGGAUGGGAGACGGGAACGGAGGAGGGGGAGGUCGGGAUCAGGUCGGGAGGUCGGGAUGGGAGAUGGAAGGAAAGGGAGAAGGAAGAGGAUGGGAUGGGAGUCGGGAUAGAGGAGGAGGGAGGAGGAAUCUAGGCAUGCGAGAUGGCUUGGGACGAUGUCAGGAUAGGGGAGGGGGACGAUGAGCUCGGAGAAGG